GCGGGCUGCGCCCGCCCCAUCUGUACCCCGGAGCACUGCCAGGAAGACAGUGGUGAGGCCAGUGCACUUUUGGGGCUGAAUUGGUUACACAAUAUCCUCCUAUGCUUGAGACCUACAGACUACGUGUCCUACCAGAACUAAUCAGUGGUUUUUCAUCUCCUGGAGAUAAAUUAGAAACAUAAAUAUGGUGCCAAAAGAAUUCCUUACCUUACUCUAACUCCAGUUUAUUCGGACGUACUUUUGUAUUGAAGAGAAGUAUACAAAUCAAGGAUACCUGUGCAGAGACUCUGUCGUGUAGGAUCAUGGACCAUCCUAGUAGGGAAAAGGAUGAAAGACAACGGACAACUAAACCCAUGGCACAAAGGAGUGGACACUGUUCCCGACCAUCUGGCUCCUCAACAUCCUCUGGGGUUCUUAUGGUGGGACCGAACUUCAGGGUUGGCAAGAAGAUAGGGUGUGGGAACUUCGGAGAGCUCAGAUUAGGUAAAAAUCUCUACACCAAUGAAUAUGUAGCUAUCAAACUGGAACCAAUAAAAUCACGUGCUCCACAGCUUCAUUUAGAGUACAGGUUUUAUAAACAGCUCGGCAGUGCAGGUGAAGGUCUCCCACAGGUGUAUUACUUUGGACCAUGUGGGAAAUACAAUGCCAUGGUGCUGGAGCUUCUUGGCCCUAGCUUGGAGGACUUGUUUGACCUCUGUGACCGAACUUUUACUUUGAAGACUGUGUUAAUGAUAGCCAUUCAGUUGCUUUCCCGAAUGGAAUACGUGCACUCAAAGAAUCUCAUUUACCGAGAUGUCAAGCCAGAGAACUUCCUGAUUGGCCGACAAGGCAAUAAGAAAGAGCAUGUUAUACACAUUAUAGACUUUGGACUGGCCAAGGAAUACAUUGACCCUGAAACCAAAAAACAUAUACCUUAUAGGGAGCACAAAAGUUUAACUGGAACUGCAAGAUACAUGUCUAUCAACACGCAUCUUGGCAAAGAGCAAAGCCGGCGGGAUGAUUUGGAAGCCUUAGGCCAUAUGUUCAUGUAUUUCCUUCGAGGCAGCCUGCCCUGGCAAGGACUCAAGGCUGAUACAUUAAAAGAAAGAUAUCAAAAAAUUGGUGACACCAAAAGGAAUACUCCCAUUGAAGCUCUCUGUGAAAACUUUCCAGAGGAGAUGGCAACCUACCUGCGAUAUGUCAGGCGAUUAGACUUCUUUGAAAAACCUGACUAUGAGUAUUUACGGACACUCUUCACAGACCUCUUUGAAAGGAAAGGCUACACCUUCGACUACGCCUAUGAUUGGGUCGGGAGGCCUAUUCCUACUCCAGUAGGGUCAGUUCAUGUAGAUUCUGGUGCAUCUGCAAUAACUCGAGAAAGCCACACACACAGGGAUCGGCCGUCACAACAGCCUCUACGAAAUCAGACUGCAUCAUCAGAGCGCCGAGGAGAGUGGGAAAUCCAGCCCAGCCGGCAGACCAAUACCUCGUACCUGACGUCUCACUUGGCUGCAGACCGCCAUGGGGGAUCAGUGCAGGUGGUUAGCUCAACCAAUGGAGAGCUGAAUGUCGAUGACCCCACGGGAGCCCACUCCAAUGCACCAAUCACAGCUCACGCCGAGGUGGAGGUAGUGGAGGAAGCUAAGUGCUGCUGCUUCUUUAAGAGGAAAAGGAAGAAGACUGCUCAGCGCCACAAGUGACCAUGCCUCCCAGGAGUCCUCAGGCCCUGGGGACUCUGACUCGAUUACACCCGCAGCUCCUGCCAUUUCUCAUUGGAAGGGACUCCUCCGUGGGGGAGGGUGGAGAUCCAAACCAAAAAGAAGAAAAACAGAUGCCCCCCGAAGGAGCCAGUGCGGGCAGCCAGGGCCCAGUGGGUCAGUGGCCCCCCCUACCUGCCUGAGGCUCUGAGCAGGUCCCAGAGCCACUGGUCCUCCACUGCUUACCGUUGGGGCUGCCUGGUUGACUCUCCUUCCUAUUGUUUACAGUGAAGGUGUCAUUCACAAAAACUCAAGGACUACUAUUCUCUCCCCUCCCCUUAGUUUACUUGCUCCUGGUUCUUGCCCCACCCUCAACCCUCUCCAGCAUAAAAGCUAAUGAGCUGAAAGCUUUGUCUGCUGAAGGAGCUUGAGAGGCUGGGGGUGCGGCCAAGAAGGUAGGAGGGAGAUGCAGGCCAAGGCUGGAGGAGAACCUUCUCCACCCACCAGGUGUGUCUGGCAGUAUGGCUCUCCCUCUUCCUCUGUGCCUGUGCAGCCUCCAUCCCGAGCUGGCCACGGGGUGCAGGUUACUCCCCCCUUCCCUCCUGUGAAGUUACACUGUAGGACACAAGCUGUGAGAAAUCUGCAGUCUACUGUCCCUGUGUGUUGGCGUUCUUAGCUUUCUUGACAAGCGAACUCUGUUCUCCAGACGGUAGUAGAACAUUGCAAAUUGUUCUGAGCAAAGGACAAAAAAACCUGACUUUAUUGCACUUUUAGUUUUUUUUUUUAAAAAACAAAAAACAAGGCAGAUGCAUAUUGUGUCUGGUUAUAUUGGGAGUUUUACUUUUUUUUUUCUGUUUUGAGGGGGAUGGGGCCAGCCAAGCCAUUCAGAGAGAACAUGGGUCCAGAGGACAUUCUCAAUGGAAAGAGUUGGGUCUGCAGCACCCAGAAGAGAAGAAGCCAAACUCUGUGUCAUUCUGAGUGAACCCUCAGGUUGGCAAGGAAACAUACUUGAAUUUUCAUUCGUCUUCUCAGCUGCUGAAGAAUGUCCCUUCCAGAGCCUCUUGACCUCAUCAGCCUGCAGUUUGGACAACCUAGCUCUCCAGCACAUGGGAUGAGCCAGCCAAGCCAGACUGUGACAGGAGACAGUUCAUCCCAGAGAAGGAGAUGCUUAACAAAAAAAAUCUGAAAUAUCUGUUUCCUCCACUGCCAGGGACUUCCAACUAGAUAGACAUGUGACUUCCUUAGUGACUUGGGGGACAAAAUUAGUGAUGAAACAGCCACCACUGUAAUGCCACUAGUGGACAAGAAGGAGGAAAGUGAUCCUGCCUUCCAACUGCCAGAGGAACCUCAGGAUUUGGCUCAUUAUAGGGCCAGGAAAUAAAAUUGGUCUGUACUGUUUGCCCCAAUAGCUGAGUUACAGCAUUUGGGCUGGCCUGCCUUAUCAGAAACCAAGUACCUGCAAAUCUUCUUCCAGCAGGUCCAUAGCCGCAGGCUUAGGCCUCAGUGUAUGGGGCUAUAGUGAACAGGAGGGUAAGAUUCGUUAGUGCUGGAAAAUUCCUGGGGAAAGGAGACUGAAAUGAAAGGUGUGAAAUUAUCCUCUCACUUGGACUUAGACUCCUUCUAGAUGAGAUGGCCACACAUCUAGAGCCUGUUCUCCCCGGUACACUCUCCAUGUCCAGACACGGUGCCAUGAAGGGUCUUGGUUCCUCAUUCACUGCUUGAAAAGUCACCAGUGUAUGGAGUUAAUAGAAUUUCUCAUGCUUGAUUUUCGUUUGAGAUGAGCGACUCAUCCAAACAGUGACUUCUCAUUCCAGAUGUGAUCGAGGAGAAAGGAUUAAUUACAUCAGAGAAUGAGGUCUUGUGUCCGGGGGUAGAGAGAGCUAACCAUGGAGGACAGUGGCUGGUGACUUAGUCUGGGGGUUUUGGGAACACGGAAAUCAUUGCCUCUGGCUUGAGAUGUAGGGCUGUCUUUUGGACUGGAGGAUGCAGACACACUUUCUGGUAGUUGGUAUUUUCUGACAAGUCCCUUGAUGUGUCUUACAUGGAGCAGAGAUAGCGGUAGCGUGGAUCAGAGUUACUGGGCAUCACCUGUGUUCCGCUGGUCCUUGGCUAGGAAAUAUCACUUCACUGGCUUCAAAUUUUCCUAGCUUAUAUAAAGAUUAUAAUCUUUCAUUUCUUUAAAAGAAAAUUUCCUAUAAACAGAACAGAAUGGCUGGGAGAUGCAGGGUCACACGGCUUCCCCACAAGAAUUUUCAAUAUUGGGGUUUGCUUCCUUGACAUUAGCUGGUGGUUAAGGCACUGUCACUGAAACUUACAUAGUUUCUCAGUUGGCAUUUGGGUAACUCUUCUCAAUUUGGGUAAUCCUAAUUUCCUGUAUAGAAUCUUGAACCUCCACAUCCCUGUGUAGAAAAAGCCUUGCUUCUCAUGGGAGGGCAAGAGGAAAUGGUGGCAAAGUCUGGAGCAUCCCUGGCACCCCUUACUCCACUAAGUGCCUCCCCACUUCCACAAAAAAAGCAAAGGCAGUUACCAGCUUGGCUGCAGGCAAGCCCUCUUGCAGCUGGGUUUGUGACUUUUUCAGGGUCUUAACUUUGUUUUAACGGCUCGCUAUUGCGGGAUCGAACCUGGGCAGCUGUGGGGUUCUUCCUAAUGCACUCUUCUCACUCUCUGCCCCCCUCAGAUCUCUUACUAGAUAUUUGAUUUUUCAUAACAAAGGUGAAGAGCCCAAGUCCUUCUGGCAUGCACAGUAAUGGUGAUCCUCUCAGGGCCAUUGGUACUCCAGGGUGGUUCCAGACCCCCGAGAGAGUCAACUGUGAUCUUCCUUUAAAAAAGAAAAAAAAAAAUUUUUUUUUUUUUUCUUUUUAAGAAGGAUACCUAAGGAGUAACGUGGCCACAUCAGUUUCAUCCCCAUCAGCACAUCCCAUCAGGCCUCCCUCCUCAGCCCCGUUGCUGUCGUUGAGUAGCUAUAUUCCUCAGCCAGGGCUUCGGGGUUGGGCACUCCCUCCAGCUACCGCCCACCCAAAUCCACUUGCUCUGUCAUCUUUGAGCUUCCUUCACUCCAUAACCAUGAUACCUAGGGAUCUUUUUCUUCAGGAUUGAUGCAGUUGCUGAGUUAGCAUUAAGCACUAACAACAUUAGGGGUUCUCCCAAGCCCUGCAGUCCUUCAGGCAUUGCAUCCUGAGCAGAUUGAGGCAAGCAGGCCAGGAAUCCACCAAGAGGUAGGGGAUCCUUCCCUUGUGGCCAGAGCAUGGCUGUGUCUGUGCAGUACGGGUUGAUUACUUGCUGUGCAUCCCCUGGUGUUUCCCAGUGAUUUCACUCCAGACUGCUCUGCAAGGAUGUGCAGAGUGUGCCAGCAGCAGCAUGCUUUCAUGUCUGCCUUAAUUAACAUACUCCUGCCAUUUUGGGUCUGUCUAGGAGGAAACGGUCUAGGAAGGUACAAAGUCAGGUGAUGAGGUUGGCCUCCAAUUAAAGCCCCAUUUUAUUUUGGGAUAUAGGGUGACGGAAGACAGCAGGAUCCUGAGUUUUCCAGUAGAAGUGUUGACUGCCUGUUCAUUCUCAGUGAACUCCAAGUUCGUAGAAACAGCCCCUGCCAUUAGCCAGCAGAGAUGUCCAUCGCCUCUAAAGUACCUUCCAACCUGGUUCACUGGAAAUGUACAUUGGGAGUACACAUUCAGUGUUGGUUCUCAGUGUUAGUAACCACUUCUGUUGUCAGAAAUGAGU